GGCCGCGCCAUGGUCGCGCUGGAGAACCCCGAGGGCGGCUCAGAGGAGGCGGCGGCGACGGCGGGGGUCGUUCCCGGCGGGCGGCGGACGCUCUCCCCCCGGAUGUGGCUUCUGUUAUCAGCCCAACCAGGCUGCCAUCCUGGACUCUGUCCAGCUUCUGGUGUGGAGACAUGGGCAUUGGAGCUCCAGGGAGGCCAUGGGCACCUUUCAGGAUGCCUACCUGCUCUAGCUGGCUCCCAAGUGAAGAGGUUCUCGGCCUCCAAGCGGAAGCAGCACUUCAUCAACCAGGCUGUGCGGAACUCAGACCUUGUGCCCAAAGCCAAAGGGCGGAAGAGCCUCCAGCGCCUGGAGAACACCCAGUACCUCCUGACCCUGCUGGAGACAGAUGGGGGCACACUUGGUCCAGAGGAUGGGGACCUGGCACCUCCUGCGGCACCUGGCAUAUUCGCGGAGGCCUGCAACAAUGAGACCUAUGUAGAGGUCUGGAAUGACUUCAUGAACCGCUCUGGGGAGGAGCAGGAGCGGGUCCUCCAAUACCUGGAGGAUGAGGGCAGGAGCAAGGCGCGGAGGAGGGGGCCUAGCCGGGGCGAGGACAGGAGGAGAGAGGACCCAGCCUAUACCCCCCGAGAGUGCUUCCAACGCAUCAGCCGGCGUCUGCGAGCUGUUCUCAAGCGGAGCCGCAUCCCCAUGGAAACGCUAGAGACCUGGGAGGAGCGGCUGCUUAGGUUCUUCUCCGUGUCCCCCCAGGCCGUGUACACUGCCAUGCUGGAUAACAGCUUCGAGAGGCUCCUACUCCAUGCUGUCUGCCAGUACAUGGACCUCAUAUCAGCCAGUGCUGACCUGGAAGGUAAGAGGCAGAUGAAGGUCAGCAAUCGGCAUCUGGACUUCCUGCCCCCAGGGCUGCUCCUGUCCGCUUACCUGGAGCAACGCAGCUGAUGCCAGCCUGCCUGUCCCCUUUCCCAUCAAGAUUUCCUAUACCAUCCACUAAAACAUGUUUGUUAAUUUUA